AUGACAUGUAUUUAUCUAUCUAUCUAUUCUUUUUCUUUCCACCUCUCUCUAUCCACCUCUCUCUCCAUUUUCACCUCUCUCUUUCCAUCUACCUGUCUUUCCACUUCUCUCUUUUCACCUCUCUCUCUUUUUCCAUCUACUUCUCUUUCCACCUCUCUCUCUUUCCAUCUACCUGUUUUUCCACUUCUCUCUUUCCACCUCCCUCUCUCUUUCCAUCUACUUCUCUUCCCACCUCUCUCUUUCCACCUCUCUCUUUCUUUCUUCCCAUCUCUCUCUCUUUCCAUCUACCUAUCUUUCCACUUCUCUCUUUACACCUCUCUCUCUCUUUACAUCUACUUCUCUUUCCACCUCUCUCUUUCCACCUCUCUCUCUCUUCCCCCCUCUCUCUCUUUCCAUCUACCUAUCUUUCCACUUAUCUCUUUCCACCUCUCUCUCCCUUUCCAUCUACUUCACUUUCACACCACACUCUUUCCACCUCCCGCUCUCUCUUCCCAUCUGUCUCUCUCUUCCCACCUCUCUCUCUUUCCAUCUACCUAUCUUUCCACUCCUCCCUUCCCACCUCUCUCUCCCUUUCCAUCUACUUCUCUUUCCCCCUCUCUUUCCCACCUCUCUCUCUCUUUCCACCUAUCUCUCUUUCCAUCUACUUCUCUUUCCACCUCUCUCUUUCCACUUCUCUCUCUCUUCCCACCUCUCUCUCCUUCCAUCUACCUAUCUUCCCACUUCUCUCUUUCCACUUCUCUCUCUCUUUCCAUCUACCUAUCUUUCCACUUCUCUCUUUCCACCUUUCUCUCUCUUUACAUCUACUUCUCUUUCCACCUCUCUCUUUCCACCUCUCUCUCUCUCUUCUCACCUCUCUCUCUUCUCACCUCUCUCUCUCUUUCCAUCUACUUCUCUUUCUACCUCUCUCUUUCCCACCUCUCUCUCUCUUUCCACCUCCCUCUCUUUCCAUCUACCUAUCUCUCCACUUCUCUCUUCCCACCUCUCCCUCUCUUUCCAUCUACCUAUCUCUCCACUUCUCUCUUCCCACCUCUCUCUCUCUUUCCAUCUACUUCUCUUUCCACCUCUGUGUCACUGCAUAAGACAGCAAGUGUAUAUCUAUCUAUCUAUCUAUCUAUCUAUCUUUACUUUAAUAUUUUCCAUCUGUCAUUUGCAAUCACCUACGUUCCUUCCCACAGAAAAAUAGGGAAAACUACAACAAAUAAACAAGCUGGCCACUCUUUCAAUACAUCUUAA